CGGAGCUGUCUCGGCGGCUCAGUCCUCCGCGAGGUAGCGGCGGAGGCGGACGUGGCUGGGAGGGGCUGCGCAGGGCAGCAUGGUGAUGGCCGAGCCCCGGCGCCUUCCCCCGGCCGCCGCUCCGGCCUCGCCCGCCUCCUCCUCGCUCCUGCUCCCGCCGCCGCCGCCGCCUCCUCCGCCCCGAGGGGGUCCCGGCCCGGUCCGCGUCGGCUUCUACGAGAUCGAGGGCACGCUGGGCAAGGGCAACUUCGCCGUGGUCAAGCUGGGCCGGCACCGCAUCACCCGCAGCGAGGUGGCGAUAAAGAUUAUUGACAAGUCUCAGCUGGAUUCUGUGAACCUGGAGAAGAUUUAUCGCGAAGUGCAGAUCAUGAAAAUGCUGGAUCAUCCACACAUCAUCAAGCUUUAUCAGGUGAUGGAGACCAAGAGUAUGUUGUACCUGGUGACGGAAUAUGCCAAAAAUGGAGAAAUAUUCGAUUACCUUGCGAACCACGGCCGCUUGAGCGAGUCGGAGGCCAGGCGUAAGUUCUGGCAAAUCCUCUCUGCGGUGGAAUACUGUCACAGCCGGAAGAUUGUGCACCGUGACCUCAAAGCCGAAAACCUCCUGCUUGAUAACAACAUGAAUAUUAAAAUUGCAGAUUUUGGGUUUGGCAACUUCUACAAGAGCGGCGAGCCCCUGACGACGUGGUGCGGGAGCCCCCCCUACGCAGCCCCCGAGGUCUUCGAAGGGCAGCAGUACGAGGGUCCGCAGCUGGAUAUUUGGAGCAUGGGUGUUGUCCUCUACGUUUUAGUCUGCGGAGCCCUGCCUUUUGACGGUCCAACCCUCCCCAUCCUGAGGCAGCGGGUUCUGGAAGGAAGAUUCCGGAUACCCUAUUUCAUGUCCGAAGAGUGCGAGCACCUUAUCCGGAGGAUGCUGGUCCUGGACCCUUCCAAGAGGCUGACCAUCGCGCAGAUUAAGGAGCACAAGUGGAUGCUGGUGGAGGUCCCUGUCCAGAGGCCGGUUCUCUACCCUCCGGGGCAGGAGAACGAGCCUUCCCUUGGGGAGUACAACGAGCAAGUGUUGCGGUUGAUGCACAGCCUGGGAAUCGACCAGCAGAAGACCAUUGAGUCCCUCCAGAACAAGAGCUACAACCACUUUGCUGCUAUCUACUACUUGCUGGUGGAGAGGCUCAAGUCCCACCGCAGUAGCUUCCCAGUGGAGCAGCGGCUGGAUUCCCGGCAGCGGCGGCCAAGCACCAUCGCGGAGCAGACGGUCGCCAAGGCCCAGGCCUCCAUGCCUCCCGUCAGUCUGCGUCCCCAGAACGUGCGGCUGCUGAGGUCUCCCGGCCUCCCACCAGCGUCUGCUGCUGAAGCCUUCUCCUUCCCGCUGUCGGCCUGCCAGGCGGAGUCUGCUUUCAUGGAGGAAGAGAGAAUCGACACGCCAAAGGUGAACGGCUGCCUGCUGGACCCAGUGCCCCCGAUGAUGGUCCGGAAGGGCUGCCAGUCCCUGCCGAGCAGCAUGAUGGAGACCUCCAUCGACGAGGGGAUCGAGACGGAAGGGGAGACGGAAGAGGACCCGGCACAAGCCUUUGCCGCCCUGCAAGCCACCCGCUGCGGGAAGAGGAGGCACACGCUGGCCGAGGUCACCAACCAGCUGAUGGUCAUGCCGGGCACAGGGAAGGUCUUCUCCGUGGAGGAGAACCCAUCCUUGAGCAGCGUGGACUCCGAGUACGACAUGGGCUCCAUCCAGAGGGACCUCAACUUCCUGGAAGACGGCCCCGCCUUGAAGGAAGUGGUCCUGGCCAACCCGCCGGCUCCUCGGAUGACGCCGCCGCUGCCCUUCAUUGGCCUGAGACCCGCCAACCCCGCCAUGCAGGCCCUGGCCCCCCACAAGCGAGAGGCCCACAACCGCUCCCCUGUCAGCUUCCGAGAGGGACGCCGGGCGUCCGACACGUCCCUGACACAAGGAAUCGUAGCGUUUCGGCAGCACCUCCAGCACCUGGCGAGAACCAAAGGGAUCCUGGAGCUGAAUAAAGUCCAGCUGUUUUACGAACAGAUGAGGGCCGAAGACGCGCCGGCCUUGGGGGGCCCUUCUCCUCAGCUUCAGGACCUUCAGGACCUCAGGAGUGCUCCACAGCAGGAGGAGGCUUCCCAGCCACCGGAUGCCACCGGGGCCUUCCCAAACGGCUUGCACCCACAGCUGCUCUCGAGGCGGCAGAGCUUAGAAACACAGUAUUUGCAGCACAGGCUCCAGAAGCCCAACCUGCUUUCCAAAGCUCAAAAUGCCUGCCAGGUGUUUUGCAAGGAGUUGCCCCGGAGCCUGGAGCAGCAGUUACAGGAGCACAGGCUCCACCAGAAGCGCCUGUUCCUGCAGAAGCAGUCCCAGCUGCAGGCCUACUUCAACCAGAUGCAGAUAGCGGAGAGUUCGUACCCGGGGCCCAGCCAGCUGCCGCUCCCUUGCCCCGAGGACCCUCCGGCCCCGACUCCGGCCCCUUUCGGCCUGGUGCCGCAGCCCCUGAGCCCCCUCCUGGAGCCCUCCGUGGAACAAAUGCAAUACGACCCUUUCCUCGGCCAGUACGCAAAGCUGCAGCCGCUGGAGCACCAGCCCCCCUCGCCCCCGAUCCACGGCGCACCCCAGCUGCCCAUGCAGCAGCCCCCACCCCAGCAUCAGCCACAGCAGCAGCAUUACCCUCCUCCUCCUUACCAAACGUGCGACUUGCCACAAGUGUGCCCUGCGCCGGAGCCCGACUACGCCAGCCAGCACCAGUAUCCCCAGCAGAGCGCCACUGUAGCAAUGGGCGACGGCGCCCAGAGGAGCUCCGAACCGCCCGGGUCCCAGUCCGGCUACGAGGCGUUAGGUCUGGCGGAGCUGCCGGCCCUCUUCGAUUGUGAGAUGAUGGAGACCGUCGACCCUCAGCACAGCGGCUACGUUUUGGUGAACUAGAAAGAGAAGGCGUCGCUGGGCUGUUCUCGGAAGAAGGUGGAAGCGAAAGACCAGAGACGUGGGUGGGUUUCCCUGUGCGCCCUUUCCUUUAAACACGUGUCGGCUUCAUACCCAGGCCUUGCCCUGAAUGGACAACUAGACAGGCCCUUCUCUCAUUGGUACUAGCAGGGGAUGCCGGAGGAGAGCGGUUCUGCACUUUCAAGGGAAGGAGAGGAAGGUCUCGGAAGGGAAAGAGGCAUCGCGCUUCAAGGAAGGAAGGAAGAAUACAUCUUUGGUAUUCUCUUUGACGUGGAAGCAUAGAUAUGGGACAUACCGUAUGUCUUGGCAAUAAAAGCAAUACAUUUACCCCACUUGGACCUGGACAAAGGUGUGGGGCUGACACUAAGGCGAAUCAGGAACGGAGAUGUGGACUGACUUGUCUCUGAGCCGCUUGAGUCAGGCUCCGUUGCUUUCUUAUCUUGGCUGGUGACUCUUAGGCCCGUCUUGAUGCCCUCUUUGACACCCAGGGCCACCCAUCAUUCCAGGAUUUCCAGCACACUAAAAUGGAUUUGGGAGAUGGCCCAAAGACCAGCGAGAUCAGAGAAGCAAGGGGAAGGGGCCGGAGGGAAGGGAAAGCGGAUCACUGGAGAAGUCGUCAUAAGCUGCCCUCUUGCUUUCCCCUCCUUUUUCAAACGAAGCCGCUCUCCUGGGAUCGCUGGUGGCUUCGUAGGCUUUGUAUAUUUGGACAACUCUUUAGGGAUGUAGCAAUUUAAGGACAACACAAAACGAGCUUAUCAGAAAACCCAUGUGAAGUGAUAGUGCCGUGCCUUUUUUUUUUUGGGUUCUUUUCAAGACUCUUACUAACCUUUCCCCUUCCCUACUUCUUUCCUCCCGAGUAGAAAAAUGCCCCGUUUUGUGUCCGCGCUGAGGCCAAAGUCCCUUCAGAGCCCACGUUCCACCUUUUCCUGGAGCGGUUCUGAGCCGUUCCUCUAUAUAUCCGAAACGUUAAGAAGUAUUACAGCAAUAUCUAGGAAUAUCAAUAACUGUUGGGUUUGCUAACCUCUUCCAACAGCCAAUCUGCUCUGCCAAGCCCUUUGUUGACCACAGAUCCAUAGGAAGAAGACAGUCCCUCGACCGCCUUGCGCGGAAGGAAGUCUUUGUCGGCCUCUGUUACUCUCUCUCUCUUUCUCUCUCGCCAAUUGCUGUUGACAGUGUUAAGGGACGGCACUGGUGCUCUGGAGCAGAUACAGAAUCAAGCACAACACAGAUUGGUUUAAGCACAAAGAUCCGUGGACUUGCAGGGUUGAUUCGGAGCAGUGAGGGAUUCAGUCUGUUUCUUCUACUCCAAGUUGUAAAUGUGACAGCAGAGCAAUUGCAGAGGAGCCUUGACGCAGCCGCUGCCUGUUCUGGAGAUGAGGGGAAACACACCACGUUCCAAGGGAAGGACUAGUUGGACCUGUGACCUCCAAACUCCCGAAUCAGAUGGUUUGGACUUCAUCUCCCAGAAUUCCUGAUAGUUGGCCAUGAAGUCCAAAACCCAUGGAGGAUCCAAGUUUGGGAACCACAGAUCUAGACCAGAGCUUCUUCAAACUAUAGCUCGGGACCCAAAUGGGGUUGCCAUAACCAUAUUCCUUUCUCUCUCUCUUGCCAUCUCCUCUCUCUGCUUCCACCUCUCUCGAGUGUCUCUACUUUCUCCCUCUCACAUCUGUCCUCUCUUUCUCUCUCUCGCACUCAUCUCUCUCUUUCUCUCUCCUCUAUACACUUGAAGUUGUGUAAACAUGUCUCGGGUAAAAGGUGGUUGCAAGUUUUAAAAAAGCAUAAGAAGCUCUGAUGUAGAUCAGCCCAGACUUGGCACCAAACCCAUUUCUCAGCAGAGUACAUUUUACUGAACCCUCAACUUAGAGUCCUCCUCCUACCCAAGUCCCUUCCGCACCCCAUGGUUCUAGCGCUUUGAUUCCACUUUGACUGCCUUGGCUGCGGGUUGGUGUUGCAGGGAGCUCGCAGGGCUCUCCGGCAGAGAUUUCUGCAUACCUCAUGACAUGAUGGGAGAUUCCAUGGAAUGGAUCCACGGCAGUUAAAGCGGAAUAGAAAGGCUGGCCUUAUUCGUCAGAAUGGGGAAGGAAGUCCAGCUGUCCCUACAGACGUGUUCUGUGCUACAAAUCCAAAACCCAUGGGCCCUUUUUAGUCCUUGGCAAGGUAUCCUUGCACCCAGAUCAUCAGAGCCCCUCAGCUUAUACUUGCCAGACAAACAGCAGGCAAAGAACAGCCAUGGGUUGUGAGAGUCAAGAGCAUGGAAUAUUUUUGCCACGUUUUGGAGAUCAUCUCGGGUCCAAAAUAGGAAGCAACUAAACGUUGCCCCCCAAAAAGUCUCUCUUGGACCUAAAAUAGUCAAGGGAUGCCUCCGGAACAUGGCGAAAACGCCCCACGCAUCUCUAAAGAGCAUCAUGGGGCCACAAAAUAGGUUUUGAAGAGAUCUGGAAGGAGUUUUAGGGUUCCUUGGGGGGCCCGAUGCAACUCUCAACCAUAGAUCCUAGAUGAUGGGAGGCAUCUGGUAGGUCUUGCAACACCAACCCGGUUCUCUUUCAAGCCUCCCAAGCAGUGCGGAGAGCGAAUGCUCCAAGUUGGAAGGAUGCCCAUCUCCAACAACAAUGCUCUUCCUUGGCAGACGUGUGAGCAGUCCUCUCUUUGGUCCGGUGAGUCUUGAGAGAAGAGAAGGUUUGUCUCGAGAAGAAGGGCCUGAAUGCCAGCGGAGCAGCAUUCAAGGGCAGAGAGGGGAUCUCAUUGGUUUCUGAAUGUACAAACUAGACGAGUUCCCCCUUCCACUCCCUUUCCAACGCCGUGCCCAUUUGGUGUUACUUCUCUUACCGUAAUAGGGAGCAAAACCCGGGUUCCUCGGCCCCCCUUGAAGGACUGCCUUUCCCUCCUCGGCCUUUUUGCUGCUCCGCAGUAGCUGCUUCUGUCGUGUCUGCCGCGUCCGUCGUUAUAGGAUCUGUGUCUACUACUGUAUAACAACUACUAGCUUUAUGAGUUCUUAAUACAGGUUCCUUUGGAGAGACUUUGGUGAGAGGGUGAGUGUGCGGGAGGGGCGAUGAAACAACCAUUUUUUUUCUUCUUUCCCCCUCCCCAAUCUGGAGACAAGUGCAAUAUGUGUGUGUGGUACGUUCUUUAAUGUAUUUUUUUAAAAUAAAAAGAGUUGAAAGGG